UAGCUCCUAAGACAAAUAUGAAUCUUCAGAGACGACAAAAAAACUGAGAGAGUUCGACUAGACAAGAAAACUGGACAAUGAGAUAAGGCUUCAACGGUCAGUUAUGUAUUUUCCUGGUUAAGAAGCUUGAGUUUAUUGAAUGAUAGUGGGAGAGAUAUAAAACGAAGCGGAGCGAGAGAGUGGAAGAAUAAAGAGGGAUAGUGGGAGAAGAGAGAGCGAGAGAGAGAGAGAGAGAGAGAGUAAGCGUAAAAACGGGAAGGAAAGAGUGACAGGCAGAGAAAGUUGGCAGUAAAGGUUGAUGGUGGGGAUGAAAGACUGAAAGAAAAAGGUGAUAAAGGGCAAGUAAUAGAAGGAGAAGAAAGAAAGUAAGCAGGGCGUGAGGUAAAAGAGAAAGCGCAGAGAUAAUGAAUGAGAGUGUUUGAGUGAAGUUUGUAAUGAAAAGGAGGAAAGUGAAGGAGAAAAGAAAUAGAGAAGGCGAGGAGAAGAAACGAAACAGCUAGAAAGAUGAGAUAUAUCUACAGAAAGAAAGAAAUAUAGCGAAAGAAGAGAGAGAGAGAAAAUGAUAGAAAGCUGACAAGUGAGACAGACAGACAGACAGACAGAUAGAUAGAUAGACAGAUAAAAGAGAGAGUGAGAGAUAUAUGGGAAGGUAAAACAUAAAGAGAGAGUGACAUAUACGAAGAAGGAAUAGGGACAGCGUGACAGAGAAGUGAGAAAAUGACAGAUAUGAGGGACAGAUAGAGGAGUGACAGAGAAAAGAGAUAGCUAGAGAGAGGGAAAAUAAGGUAAAAGAGUGAAGUUUGUGAGAGAGACGAAGGUAAUAAGGUUGAAGAAGGCUGAGGAGAGAAAUAUAAUAAGAGUGAGGAAGGCUGGAGAGAGAAAGGUAAGAGAGAGAGAGAGAGAGAGAGAGAGAAAGGUAAAAGAGAGAGAAAGGUAAGACAGAGAGAGAGAGAGACAGACAGACAAUCGGGAAAUAAGAGUGAGUUUUCUUUAAAGUUUUAGUCGAGGUUUCUAUGACUGUCACAUCUUAAAUCAGCCAAACACAUCAUGCGAAAGGUAUUCACUAGAGUUAAAUGGAGUUUCCUUCUCUCUAUAUUUAUAUAUUUAUUAAAUUGUUGCUAUUGAGGAUUGUUAAUGGUCACAAACAUGUAGGAAACAUUGAAGGAGAAAAACAAAUUAAACAAAUAAAACAGAACUAGAAAGAAAUAUUGUCGGCUGGAAUGACUUCAAAUACUCGAACACGGAAUACCAAUUGGAAUGGCAUUUUUCAAGACUUGUUCGGAGACGCAUCCAUGUACAAUAUGAAGUGUCACUCUGCAGGUCCCACACCUGUCAAUUUAUCCAUAAAAGAUCCAGACCAGAAUGGAGAAUCCCUUCAAGACUCAAGCUCUGGGGUUGUAUCUACGACAACGUCUACAUUUAAGGGAUCCUAUUCUUCAUCAGAGUCAUUAUUGGACAGUAGACAUUCUGGGUGGUCGUCUCCGACGGCAACACCAACCAUGCAUAGUAAAUCUUAUGUCAGGCAAAACAAAAAUCAGACUCGUAUGCACAAUCUGACAAAUCCUCAUAAUAAUAAUAAUAAUAAUAAUAAUAAUAAUAAUCACAAUAAUGUGAACAACACUUCUUCUUUGGGAAGUUUCCCUAAUGUGGACAUCAUCAAUGCCAAACUAAACAGAAUUCACCUUGAAAAACCCCCUAAACUCAUGCUUGGUAUGAAAAAAAGCAAAUCCCAAUCCCGUAACUCCCCUUUUCAAUAUCUUAGCGAUGACAUCAUUGUGAAAAUUUUUUCAAACCUGACAACAAACCAGUUGUGCAAGUGCUCACGUGUUUGCAAGCUGUGGUACCGUCUGAGCUGGGACCCAACCCUCUGGACAAGCAUUGUGUUAAACAGCAUAACGCUGGAUGUGGACAAAGCACUACGGUGUCUUACCAAACAACUCAGCUAUAAUACACCAUCAGUUUGUGUGAUUAUUGAAAGAAUCAAUGUCAAUAACUGUGAAAAACUAACUGACAAAGGACUGCACACCAUUUCCAAACGCUGUCCAGAACUUCGGAAGCUGGAAGUCCACAAUUGCAGUAAUAUAACUAAUUCUGCCCUUUUUGACCUUAUAUCGAACUGUGUUAACUUGGAGUAUCUAAAUGUCUCAGGCUGUUUGAAUAUCACGUCCAUCAGUUUAGCCAACUCAAUCCUUGUACGACCAUCAGCCCACUACCUUCAACAAGUUUAUCUGUUAUAUUUAGAUAUGUCAGAUUGUUGUCAUCUGGACGACAAUGGACUUGAGAUUCUCGCCCUUCACUGUUCUCGUCUCCAGUUUCUGUACCUACGUCGAUGCUCUCAAAUAACAGACAAAGGCUUGCAGCAUCUUACUGCUAGUUGUACAGGCCUAAAAGACCUUAGCAUCAGCGACUGCCCAAACAUCACAGAUUUUGGCAUCAUGGAACUGUCUCGAAUGGAACCUGAUCUUCGCUACUUGAGUAUAGCGAAGUGUGACAAAAUCUCAGAUGUUGGCAUAAAAUACAUUGCACAGCACAGUCUGAAACUGCGCUACUUGAACUGUCGUGGCUGCGAGGCCAUAUCUGAUGACUCACUUGAGCGUGUCGUCAAACGAUGCCACCGUCUUAGGUCUUUGGAUGUUGGCAAAUGUGAUAUCACGGACAGAGGUUUAUUUAUCUUAGCUAAACAUGCUCCACAUUUGAAACGCUUGAGUGUGAAAUCUUGCUUUGCAAUCACCGACCGAGGAAUUAUGUUGUUGGCUGAACAUUGCCACCAUCUGCAACAAUUAAACAUUCAAGACUGUCACCUGUCUGUUGAUGCUUAUCGGACUGUGAAAAAGAAUUGUCAUUUCUGCAUCAUCGAACACACCAAUCCUGGUUUUUAUUAAAGAAGUAAAAAUUUUAAAAAAAUAAAUAAAACACUACAAUGCCUA